CGUAUAAGAGACAACGAUCGGCUUGGCGAAACGUUUAGUCAAGGUUGAGCGCUCUCCUGUGCCGUGUUUGCUUGCGCAGCAUGAUCGGGCCGCGUGGGAAGAAGAAGCUCUUGAUCGGAGGGGUGGUCGCCGCCAUUGCGAUAGGCGCGAUUAUCGCGAUUUUGGUGGUGCUGCUCGUUAAAAAGUCCGACUCGGAACCGAACAACGCAAACUAUGGAGUGUACACGAAGGCUGCGGUGUCCACCAAUGGGCAAGAAUGCGCGAAGAUCGGUGCGGAUAUUCUCAGAAAAGACGGAUCGGCUGUGGACGCCGCGAUAAGCGCCCUUUUAUGCGAGGGGGUCGCGUCUCUGCACAGCGUGGGAUUAGGUGGUGGAUUUUUAAUGACGAUCUGGGAUGCUCAAACGAAGACCGCGAGAUAUCUGGAUGCUCGAGAGACUGCUCCCGCGAAAGCGACGGAAGACAUGUUUAAAGGGAAUGCUUCGUUGGCGACUUAUGGUGGUCUAGCGAUUGCUGUGCCGGGUGAAUUGGCCGGUUACAAGGCAGCUCAUGACAAGUACGGGAAGAUUGGAUGGGCCGACUUGUUCACACCGGUGAUCGCCCUGUGCGAGACCGGGUCCAUCGUGAACGAUUAUCUGGCUGGUUACCUGUUACGCAAGGAGAAAUUGAUAAGGGAGCAGAGCACCUUGGCAGAGAUUCUCAUCGAUCCGGCGACGAACUCCACGUGGAAGACAGGCGAUAGGAUCAAAAGGCCGCGUUUAGCGGAAACACUGAGGUCGAUAGCGCGUCACGGGCCGAACAUAUUUUACAACGGCUCCAUAGGUGAGAAGCUGAUCCAGGAAAUUCGGGAGGCGAGAGGCAUCAUGGAGAUGGACGAUCUGCGAAAUUACGCGGUGGAAUGGAGGACACCGAUCCAAACGAAGAUAGGGAACAUAACGAUCGUUACCGCACCGCCACCGGGAUCAGGGACGAUCCUUACGUUCAUCAUGAACCUUCUUCGCGGACUCAUCCCCACCGCGGAUCGGAAUGUCAUGUGGCAGCGAUUCGUCGAAAGCUUCAAGUGGGCUUACGCAAAGAGAACCCAAUUAGGCGAUCCCAAGUAUGUCCCUGUCGAUUCAUUGAUCCGCAACUUAACGUCCGCGUCGUAUGCCGAUGCGAUUCGAAGUAACAUCAAGGACGACACGACGCACACCAAUCCGGAAUACUACGGCGCUGUCACGGUCGUACCGGAGGAUUCGGGCACAUCUCACGUGUCCGUGCUGGCUCCUGAUGGCUCCGCCGUAUCGGUCACAUCUACUAUAAACCAAGUUUUUGGCGCUAUGCUACGUUCAAAGUCUACCGGUAUAAUCUUCAACGACGAGAUGGACGACUUCAGUUCUCCGAACAUAACUAACGGCUUCGAUCUUCCACCGUCACCGUCCAAUUUCAUUGAACCGAGAAAAAGACCUAUGAGCUCCAUGAGUCCAACGAUAGUUAUCGACGAAAAUGAAGAGGUUCGUCUGGUAAUCGGUGCCGCCGGCGGAACGAAGAUCACUUCCGGUGUCGCGAUCGCAAUGGUGUUGAACCUUUGGUCGGGAAAAACGAUAAAAGAAGCGGUCGAUAUUCGUAGAGUUCAUCAUCAGCUGUUUCCCAUGGAGGCGCAAACUGAGACAGAAUUUUCUCAGAAUGCGAUGAACUAUUUGAAGAGUAUUGGACAUAACGUUACGACGUUCUCUGGAAUCGGAAGCGCGCUCACGGCUGUGUCGAGAGAAAAUGGGAAGGUGUAUGCUAUUUCCGAUUUUCGGAGGCAAGGAAAAACCGAUGGUUUUUAGGCAAUUUUUUUAAUAUACGGACAGGCCUUGUUUCUGUUUUAUUUGUGUCGAGAAGGUCGAAACGCGUUUAAAAACAAUCAUGGCUCGAUAACGGUUAACGUUUUGUCUAUCAGAAGUUUAUAAUUGACAGUCGAACCUUUUAAUCAAUUCUUCAAUGACAAUUUUAAUCGUUGAUCAAGAUGAUAUCUCGAGCAAUACGAUCAAGUAGAACUUUCUUUCGGGAUUGUUAUCGAAGGGAAGAUGGCAUUAGGUCACCGAUAGACGAAGCGUUGAGAACUACCAACGAGAUGCCAAAAUACUCUUGAAUACCUCGUUCGCUCGUUCAACAAGUAUUAUUAGAAUAAGUAUUUGAAACGGGUAGAGAACUAUUCAUCAGAAAAAAAAACUGGAAUCAAUGUAUAAAGAAUGAUAAUGUCCAGUUACGUAUUUACAACAUUUGACCGAAGCGAUUGUAUUAUUCAUUAUUCCAAUGCGCAAUAUUAGGUGGGUCCAUUGCAUCUCUUGUCAAGCUACGAGUGUAAGUGUUGCAUGUAUUUGACGAUACGCCGUUGAUUUGUAUGUCUCAAAUAAGUUGAUGAACACAUGUUAUAGAAAUAUAAUUUAUUUAAAAAAACGCAA